GUAAUUUGUAAAGGAUUUUCUUGUAGUAAAAUUAUUGUUUUUAAUAAUAUUUCAGGUGAGUAAAAAAUGGGAACACAACAAUUUUUUCUUAAAUGGAACAAUCAUUGUUCAAAUAUGGUGACGAUUUUUGAUCAGUUAUUGAUGAAUGAAGCUUUGGUAGAUGUUACGUUAGCAUGUGAAGGACUUAGCCUGAAGGCUCAUAAAAUUAUUCUUUCUGCUAGCAGCCCAUUUUUUCAAACUUUAUUUUUAGAAAAUCCUUGCAAACAUCCAAUUGUUAUUAUGAAAGAUAUGAAAUAUGCAGAAUUAAAAGCUGUAAUAGAUUUUAUUUAUAAAGGAGAAGUUAAUAUUUCUCACCAUCAAUUACCUGGACUUCUUAAAAUAGCUAAAGAGCUUAACAUUAAAGGUCUGAUGGAUAUGUCAGAUGACACUGAAAGACUUCCACAAAAAUCAGAUGCAGAAAAUGCAGCAGACAAAAGUGAAUCCAUUUUGCCUAUUUCUGUUGAGUCUAACUAUGAAGAAUUUCUACCUCGGAUAAGAAAAAAGAGAAAAGGCAGACGGAAAAAAAAUUGUAAUUCAAGUUGUAGUGAUAGUGAAAUAGGGCAAUAUGAAAUCCAAAAUUUUCCUGAAAUAAUGGAAGAAAUAUUACCUGAAUCAUCAAGCAAUCCGGAACAUCUCAAAGCAUCAGACUAUCACGACUUCUCAUAUCAGUCUACCUCUCAAGAUAUGUAUCCACCUUCCUAUUGUCAACAAAAUGAGAUUUGUGUUUAUAAAGAUGAAAUUUCUCAGGAUUUUAAAGAAAGUGUAGAUGAGCAUUCAAAUCACUCAGAAUCUUCUAUUAUUACAGAUAAGAAACCUGAGUGUCAAGAAGAUACUCAAGAACAAAUGGAUUCUUCAGCAGAAUGUGAAAGUAUAGUAACACAAAUCUAUUAACCAUAAUAAUUUUAACCAAUUAUUUUCAUUUCUUCAUUAUUUUAGUUGAAAAUGAUGAGACUAGCAGAAAAGUUCUCAUAGAAGCAUAAAAUAGUUUUAUGUAUUUUAUAAUUAUUAGAAUUAAGGGAAAAAAGAGAGAAAAAAGUUACAUAGGAAAAAACAAGUUAAUGAGAAGUGUGCAAGAGCAUGAACAGAAUAAAUGGUAUUUAUCUGUUUAGAGAAACAAAUACAGCAGAUUCAUUAAUUAAAAGUAAUAUUUAUCUUUGGUUGCAAACCUAAUAAGAACAGAUUAAAAGUAAAAUAUUAACAUUUUGAUUUGUGUAUUUAUUUUAAAUAUAGGCAUCUUAAAAAAUAUAUCAGUUUAAUUUCUUUGCAUCUAAAUUAAUUUUAAGUUCUUAAAAUCAAUGUUAAUUUUUUGUUAAUUGGUGUAUAAUGAUUCAAAGAUUACUAUGAUAUGCUUCUUGUCUAGCUUGAAAUAUACUUGUGAGCACUGUGAUGGCCUCUUUAUUCCUAGACUUAUUACACUGUCUCA